AUGGGCUCAACCAGCAUAAAGUACGACCAGCAACCCCUCUACUACGGUGGCAAACACCACACCACCACCGACACCUUCCAGACCUUCGACCCCUCCACCAACACACCCCUCGCCGACAUUAGCAAAGCCGACAAGACCUCUGUCCACGCCGCCAUCUCCUCCGCCAAAUCCGCCUUCCCAACCUGGUCCGCCACACCUCCAGCCGAACGCUCCCGCAUCCUCCUCAAGGCCGUCGCCCUCCUCCGCCAACGCAACGAUGAUCUAGCCAGGAUUGAAACCCACGACACCGGCAAACCCUUCUCCGAGACUUCGACCGUAGACGUGGUAACCGGCACCGACGUCCUCGAAUUCUACGCCCAUCUCGUCGCCUCUGGCGGCCUCAAUGGCGAGACCACUCAGUUACGACCGGACGCCUGGAUCUACAGCACCAAAGCCCCUCUCGGCGUCUGCGCAGGCAUCGGAGCCUGGAACUACCCGACUCAAAUCGCGCUGUGGAAAUCCGCGCCUUGCUUAGCAGCGGGGAACUGUAUGGUGUACAAACCAUCCGAGUUCACGCCCUUGCACGCCUUGCAGUUGGCGGAAAUAUACGCCGAAGCGGGUGUGCCGCCCGGUGUGUUCAACGUCGUGCAUGGCUCGGGAGAUGUAGGCGGUGUGUUAACGUCGCACCCCGACAUCGCCAAGGUGAGUUUUACCGGGCAAGUGUCGACGGGGUGUAAAGUCGCUGGCGCGGCGGCGGGGGCUAUGAAGUACGUCACCAUGGAGCUAGGGGGUAAGAGUCCUUGUGUGAUCCUACCGGAUGCGAAGGUGGAGAACGCGGUCGACGGAGCUAUGAUGGCGAAUUUCUUCUCCAGCGGCCAGGUCUGCACCAACGGCACCCGCGUCUUCGUCCCGCAAAGCAUGCUUUCCAAAUUCGAAUCCCGACUCCUGGAGAAAAUGGACGACGUACGAGCAGGCGAUGUCAUGGACCCCAACACCAAUUUCGGCCCGUUGGUGAGUAAAGUGCACCACGAGAAAGUCACCCGCUACAUCGACCACGGCAUCAAAGAGGACAAGGCGAAACUCCUGUACGGUGGGCUCGGCAAGCCCAAAGCCGUGAGCAGUAGUGAGGGUUACUGGGUCAACCCGACCAUUUUCACCAACUGUACGGACGACAUGCUCAUCACGCGCGAAGAGAUUUUCGGACCUGUGCUAUGCAUUCUACCCUACGACGACAGCAAGUCCGACUGGCUCGAGACGCUGAUUGGAAGGGCGAACGAUACGCCGAUGGGUCUGGCGGCCGGUGUUUUCACGUCCAAUAUUGACUGGGGCCACAAAGUUGCUGCCAGGCUGGAGGCCGGUAUCAUGUGGGUGAAUACCUGGGGCGAGUCGCCUGCGGAGAUGAGUGUAGGUGGGUGGAAGAUGAGCGGGUUGGGCGUGGAGAAUGGGCGGAGGGGCCUGGAGGCCUGGGUGCGGAAUAAGAGUACGUUGGUGGAGAUGGGAGGGACGGUGGCGACGGCUUUUAGUAAAUUGUGA